AUGCAAAAAAAAAGAAUUUAUACGUCUGAACAAAAGACUGCAAGGAAUAACGCCAGAAGAAACAGAUUGGCUUCUAUGACACCCGAAGAACAGUUAAGUUACCGAAACGAAGAGUCAAUAAAAAGGCAAGAUCGACGUAACCGCCAAAAUAAUAAUGUCGAAAAAGAAAAUGCAAAUCCGAAUGACGAACAGGGUCAAAAUAUCUU